AUGGCCAAAACCCUUGCAAUGUUGCUUCUUUUCCUUCAACAAACCUCUUUCAUUGCAUUUGCCGAACACCUUGAAACUCUUCCACCAACUUACCCUCCUCAUCACUCACAUUCUCCACUUCACCCUCCAACUAAGUCACCACAUCAUCCACCGUCUAACGCCCCUCGCCACCAUCAUCACCACCAUAAUCACACACCAUCCCCUGCCCCUUCCCCUAUUUCUCACACUCCUUCACACCCUCCUCACCAUUCUACCCCUGUUCCUGCUAAACCACCAACUGGUCACCACCACCAUCAUCACCCACCUGCUUCUGCUCCUGUUAAGCCUCCUGUUCACAGUCCCGUUGUUCCAACACACCCACCAUUGCACCCCCCUGUUCCAGCUCACCUGUAA